AGCUAUACUAAACUAUUUUACUACAAGUUCUAAUCAAACUAAGAAGAUUCAUAAAAUGGUUACUAGUAGACUUUGUGAAGAAUUAUUUUGCAGUGGAGACCAUAAUCUCCUUCAAAAUGUACUUUUCAGAGUUUGCAUUGUGAGAGGUGUUUUCUUUCUAUCCCACAAGUGCAUGAAGAAAAUCAGACAAAUUCCACGGGGUCUUAAUUACGGGUUUAGGUGCUUUAGUUUGUGUAGCAGCAGGCAAAUGGGCAGAAUAUUUCUGACAGAGAGCUACAGACUAGUUUCCUGUAAGGAGGGCUAUUGUGAGUCACAUGUUUUGUGAAAAUUGGAAUCUAAAUAUCACAGGCAAUAUGCGAGCACUGUGUGGGAAACGGAAUUGUGACUUGACUCUGGGAACUGAAAGGCUAGUGGUUGUAAGCUGGAAAGAAGUAGAGGUUUCCAUGAAAAAAGUGGAAUCAUUGCUGAUUAGCUUAAGGCUGUUGUUUUCCGUGAAGAUUACUGUUCACUCAUUUAUUUUAGGUGAAGGAAAAAUGGAUAUAUGGUUGCUUAGAGGCUGUGCUUGAGGUAUUUGGAGCUCAUGACUGAAAUGUUGACAUCAGCUCAAAGGGCACCAAGCUACAACAAAGGAAGUUCCACCUGAACAUGAGGCAAAACUUCGUUACUCUUAGGGUCACAGGGCACUGGAACAGGCUGCCCAGAGAAGUUGAAGAGUUUCCGUCUCUGGAGACUUUCCAGACCCGUCUGGACGCGUUCCUGUGUGAUCUGCCUUAGGUGUUUCGGCUGUAGCAGGGGGGUUGAACUUGAUGAUGUUCAGAGGUCUCUUCCAACCCCUAUGAUUCUGCAACUCUAUGAUUAGUGGACUGUUUUCCAAAGGGAAGAUGGGAACUUGGGGAACAGGCUGCUAACCGGAAGAAUGGUUGUAGCAGCAGUUGGCAACUUCCACAUGUGGUCUUUUUUAAGCAUCCCUCUCUUACCAAAUUAGAAAUGUCUGUUAGCCAUGUAGUGGGAAGUGGCCAAGGUACCCUUGUGAGAAAAACAGCUUGUAAGAGCUGAGUGGAAUUGUUCCGGGAGGAGCCACCAAGUUCUGACUGUACAAACUGCACUACAGCCUACGUGUGGGUGUACGUGUGUGGUUCAGUGUGUGUAUAACUGAUGCAGAUCGUGUCUAAGAUGUGCCUUUUUCCUCACAUGGUUUCCCAAGCAAAGUGAAUUAACUCUUCUACCAGAAAGACUAGGCAGAGCUGAUCAAUAAUCUCAUAUUUUUUGGGAUCAGCCAAAGGUUUAAAAUUAUUUUGUAGUGAAUUUUCAUUUCUUCCAUGCAGUCUCACUCUGCAUGCAUUUGGAAUCACAUGUGACAGAUACUUGAUUCCUUGCUUUCAGAAAAAGGCUUUUUAUGUACCUGGGGUAAGCUGGUCAGCUGAGCUGGUUUCUCAAUAUGACCGGAAGACAGCAAUUUUCUCUGCUUAACUGCAGGUCAGGGACUCAUUCAACACAACCCAAACCACAGUCCUUUAAAUUGCCUGCCUGAGCACUCAAAGGCUUUCUUUAAAAGAAGAAGAAAUAUUGGUGUUUUGGGGUUUGUUUGUUUAGUUGUUGGAAACAAGCAGUGAAAGACCUGUUUCUGCUGCACAUGUGGUUAAUGGUUAAACCUAUUUUAAAUGCUGCUUGGAGAACCUUAGGGAGCUGAGCAUUUAUUAAUUGUGGUAUAUCUAGGUUGUUUCACCUUCUCUUUGCUGUUAAGUUGAUUUAAUUAUAGUCUAGGAAAAGACAGAUAAGUGGGACUACAUGUCAUUAAUUAUAAAAUAGGCAAAACCCUUGCCUUUUAUACAAUAACCCAUGACAAAACAUGCAGUUUUCUAAUACAAGGCAAAUGUUCCUUGGUGCUUGUUUUGUUGGUUUGUGUUUGUUGUUUGUUUUUUUUUUUUUUCUUCUGGCCUUCUGCAUCAUUUACCACUUUGUCUCAGCAGAUGUGAGAAGUAUGAGGAUCUGGAUAUCCAUGUACCACAUGGGAGACUGUUGAACUUCUCAUGGAGUGACUGCCUGAGGGGUUUGAUAGCUUAAGUCUUCAUUCUUUAUCCAGCCCUGGGCUUUUCAGUUAUGGGCCUGUUUGCAGGCUGGUGGCUGGUACCUGCUACACCUAUGUAUCAAAAAGCUCAUGUAUUUUUCAUGUAAAUAUAAGUAUCGUUUUUAGUUGGAGAAAUGAGAAGUUACGCUUUAAUGAACAUGGAAAAAAGCUGCUUCUUAUGAAACAGAUAUUGAGCUCUGAGUGAUCUCUUUGCAUGGAAUUCCACUCCAUACUCCAAGCAGCAGUGAUCAACCUCUGGAAUCUCUCUUCUUGAAGAAGGCCAGUGUAAAAUCCCAUCUGUCAGCACGCACAGAGAGCUUUUGUGACACUGACCUUCCAACUACCAAGCAGUUCUCCUUGUCCAUGCAUCCUUGUGCCUGCAUCACCUGGGAUUUGACUUAGUAAUAACAGGUUAAUUGUCGGAAUUUUCUCCCCUCACACCUGUGGAGUAAAUAAAGCGAAGAGAUGAUAGUGAAAGCAAUUGUGCUGCUGUGCUGUGCUCUGGGCAUCAGCACAUUUCCCAUGGAAGAACCUGAAGAUGGAGGCAAGCACUGGGUGGUGAUUGUGGCAGGUUCGAAUGGCUGGUACAACUAUCGACACCAGGCAGAUGUGUGCCACGCAUACCAGAUUGUACACCGAAAUGGAAUUCCAGAUGAACAGAUCAUUGUCAUGAUGUAUGAUGACAUUGCUGAUAAUGAUGAAAAUCCAACAAAAGGCAUUGUCAUCAAUAGACCUAAUGGCUCAGAUGUGUAUGCUGGAGUGCCCAAGGAUUAUACAAAGGCGGAUGUUACUCCAAAGAAUUUCCUUGCUAUUCUCAGAGGAGAUGCAGAGGCGAUGAAGGGGGUGGGAUCAGGAAAAGUAUUGAAAAGUGGCCCCAAGGAUCAUGUCUUUGUUUAUUUCACUGACCAUGGAGCUCCAGGACUUCUGGCUUUUCCUGAUGAUGAUCUUCAUGUCAAGGACUUGAAUAAGACUAUUUGGUACAUGUAUCGUCACAGAAAAUACCGGAAGAUGGUGUUUUACAUUGAAGCCUGCGAGUCUGGAUCUAUGAUGAAUCAUUUGCCUGAUAAUAUAAAUGUUUAUGCAACAACAGCUGCCAAUCCCAGAGAGUCAUCUUAUGCAUGUUACUAUGAUGAAGAAAGGCAGACUUAUCUUGGGGACUGGUACAGUGUGAAUUGGAUGGAAGAUUCAGAUAUGGAGGAUCUAAGAAAAGAAACACUCCACAAGCAAUUUCAGCUGGUGAAGAAACGCACCAACACCAGCCAUGUGAUGCAGUAUGGAAACAGGAGCAUCUCCUCCAUGAAAGUGAUGCAGUUUCAGGGAUUGGGUAAGAAAGCUGUCCCAAUUUCUCUGCCACCUGUAGAACACUAUGACCUGACACCCAGUCCUGAUGUGCCUCUUGCAAUCAUGAAACGAAAGCUGAUGGCUACCAAUAACAUUCAUGAGGCUAAGAAGAUUGCUGCAGAGAUAAAGACACACCUGGAAGUGAAAGAAUUUAUCCAAGAAUCCAUACGGAAGAUCAUCACCUUAGUAACAGGAUCAAAAGAACGGACUGACCAAAUUCUGUCAGACAGAUUGACCAUCAGCAAUUAUGACUGCUACCAGUCAGCAGUGAACUACUUCAAAGCUCGUUGCUUCAACUGGCACUUGUUCUUGUAUGAGUAUGCACUGAGACAGCUGUAUGCCUUGGUCAAUGUCUGUGAAGGAGGAUACCCCAUUGACAGAAUACACCUGGCCAUGGAUCAAGUGUGCCGUGGGUAUUGAUUGAAACAGCAGUCUUAAUGUAACCCUUACUACAACUGAUAACUUUUUGUAACUGUAAUAAUCCAGACUUUACAUGCAUGUAACAUCAAGAGAGUCAACCACUGUAUUGGAGCUGUGCUGGAGCUGAGGCUCCUGACCAUGAGCAGCACAGCACUUGGCAGUGCUCUCCCCUGCAUCCCCACCUGCUGACAGCCUGAUGGUUUGACAGAUGCAUUUUGGUGAACCACCUGGAGCUUUCAAGAUGGAUGAUCUGUUUCAAAGCGCAGUGCUCUUAAGACUCUCUGGAUGAACACUAAAAGCCACCUACCAGUGAUUGCUAAAUCUGUGCUAAAUGUAAACAUUGAGUCAUUAAUUCUGGAAGGUGUUUCUAUAGUAUUGUUAAGUAUCAGCUUUUUGAAAAAAGUCUAUUACAAUGACUAAUUUGCAGAUUGGUUAAGGAGUGAAGAAACCAAAGCUUGUUCUUUAAGCUUUAACUCCUUAAAAGUUGAAACAAAUUAGUAGCAUUCAAGAACUAUCAGACAUGAACAGCACAGUAAAACUGUGAACAGUAACAGUCUCUGUGUGUAGAAAGCACUGUUUCCCAAAGAAAAACACAAAUAUCUAAUGCUGUAAAUUUAGCACCACUAUGCUAUAAUUAAAUGUGUAUACGCACAAACCUGUGGGAAGUCAGAGUACAGGAAUUGCCUGUGAAUAAAAAUAAAGGUGACAGUUUCAUCA